GAGAGAGAGAGAGAGAGAGUCAGAGUGGUCUGUGUAUUUUCAGCCACACGCUGACAGCUGUGCAGCUACCCCACGUACGUGCUCAUAUUCUGGGAGACAGAGGGAGAGAAAGAGGCUGACAUCCUGCUUAUUUUUGGGGCUUUUUUUUCGUUGGGCUUUUAUUAUUUUUUUGGCAUCUUUUGCUCUGCAGGCGUGUGCGUGACUUAUCUGCUCCCGGAUUUCUCUUCAACUUUUUAUUGUUGUUGCGUUUUUUUUUCUUUCUUUUUUAUAAUACUGUUUUCACUGUACCGCAUUCCUCCGUCCUGUCUUUGGAAUGAACUGUUUUCCAGCCUGCGUCGUUUCCAUGUCAGCAUGGGAACUGCCGUAUCCAAAAAGAGGAAUUUAAGGAACGAUGCGAUAUCUUCUGUGGCAGCAAAAGUUAGAGCAGCACGAGCAUUUGGAGAGUACCUGUCCCACACACACCCUGAAAACCUAAACGGAUCAGCUCAUCUUCUGUGUGAAACCUUGGUGGAUCCUGACCCUGAGUUGCCAAGUGACACAAUUGGCCCCAACAACAACAACCACCUGCACCCCUGCUCCAACACCACCAAAGGUUGUGAGGACAACCCAGAAUCUAACGUGGUAAAACCCCCGCUGGGAUUAGUGCAGCCACCUCCCCCUUGCAUCACCAUCUCUACCAAGCCAUCGCGGCUGUCCCUUGAGCGCAGUUUCUCAGCAGAGGAAGACCAGCAGAAGUGUGUAGAGUGCACCCUACAGCCUGCCCGUGUGUACACCAUCACCACCCAGCGCGGUAUGCUGAUGAGCAGUGGCCGGGGCAGCAAGGAGAGCUUAGAACUGGACGUCCUGAAGGAGAAGUCGGGGAGUCGCGGGGUGGGAUCCAGAGGUGGCUUGAUCCAGCCCUCCACCUCCCCUUCCUCCACCUCAUCGUCUCCAACCCAGUACCACCAUGCCAGCAGCGGCCGUGGCACCAGUGACCAUCACAGUAACCAUCGCCACGGUCACCACCAUGGUGCCUCUGGCACCAAUGCACCCUCCAGCAGUGGAGGAAGUAGCGGGUUAAGUGGAAGCAGCAGUAGCAACCAACAGCAGCAGCAGCAGUCUUUAAGUGUCGCUGGAUCCCACUCCCACCAUGGAUCACACCACGGCCACCACCAUCACCUGUCUCAACCUCCACUGCAAACCUCCGUCAGUGCCCACAAUAUCCGCAGCUGGGGCGAGGGUGGAAAAGGGGAGGCAGAGUGCAGCGGGCUGGCCUGUGACUCAUGCAGCACUGCCCCCUCGCGGAGUCAGGGCUCCCUGGACCUGGAGAGCGCGUCUCGAGAGGCAGGCAAGCAGCACCGACGCCUAGAGCGGAUGUGGAGUGUGGAUCGGAUGACUGGGCUGGAGAGAGAGGACACUAACUGGUUCCCCAAGGAAAAUAUGUUCAGCUUUCAAACUGCCACAACAACCAUGCAGGCCAUCUCGGCUUUCCGGGGAUUUGGGCAGAGAAAAAGGAGAGAGAGGGAGCAGAAUUCUGCAGAAGUCAUCCAGAGGAACUUCCGGAAGCAUCUUCGGAUGGUGGGCAGCAGAAGGAUUAAAGCACAGACAUUCGCUGAGCGUAGAUCGAAGAGUUUCAGCCGUUCCUGGAGUGACCCCACCCCUGUCAAGACUGACUCUCCUCAUGAGCCCAGAGACAGCGGAGACCUGCAGGCCUCCUGUGGUACCCUUGAUGAAGGAGGCGUUGAUGAUAACUUAGACUGGGAGGAGGAGAGAGAGAUGGAGAGGCUGGCCUGUGAAGGAGACGACUUUGUACCUCCUAAAAUCAUGCUGAUCUCUUCUAAGGUCCCCAAGGCCGAGUACGUUCCCACUAUAAUCCGCAGGGAUGAUCCCUCUAUCAUCCCCAUACUCUAUGACCAUGAACAUGCAACUUUUGAUGAUAUUUUAGAGGAAAUAGAGAAGAAGCUCACAGCCUACAGGAGAGGAAGCAAGUUCUGGAGGAUGCUCAUAUUUUGUCAGGGAGGCCCCGGUCAUCUGUAUUUACUGAAGAAUAAAGUGGCAACCUUUGCUAAGGUGGAAAAAGAGGAAGACAUGAGCCAAUUCUGGAGGAGGCUUAGUCGCUUCAUGAGUAAAAUCAACCCAGAACCCAACCUCAUCCACAUAAUGGGAUGCUAUGUCCUGGGAAACCCGAAUGGAGAGAAGCUGUUCCAGAAACUGAAGAAUCUGAUGAGGCCUUAUUCUGUCGAGUUUGAGUCGCCGCUGGAGCUGUCGGCGCAGGGCAAAGAGAUGAUUGAGUUGUACUUCGACUUCCGCCUCUAUCGACUUUGGAAGACACGCCAGCACUCCAAACUCUUGGACUAUGAGGAUUUUUUGUGAUGAAGAAACCUGGAUAACAGGUGCAGCGGAGCCCCCCCCCCAGUGCCACGACAAGGAACCUGAUAAAAACUGAUCCAAUGACUGAACUUUGUUCAACUAGUGCUCGACCCGUCAACCCAAUAUAAACAGUCAUACCUGCUUUCAUCCUGGAGAGGAGGCAGAGGGAUGGCGGGACAAGGACUUAGUGAAAUAUGGUGUGCCUCUGCUCCUCCUCAUUCUCAGAGUAAGGACCAAGACUAACAAAAAAGGGCAGUAAAAAUACACGUAAGAGAAAAAAAAAUGAAGAAAAAGCAGAGACAACUGGACUGUCCACGUCUUAGUCAGCAACUGUCUUUGCCUCUUGAGUUGGAAAGGAAAAAGGAGAAUCGAAAAUUCACGUGUAAAACACCAUUUUAGUCACACCUCUGUUGUAAGGACAAACUUUUUGAAGCUGAUGUGCUUCGGAAAAAGAAAAAAAAAAUUGGUGAUUCAUCCUGUCAUAAUGUGGUUCUGUGUUUUGACUGGACCUCUCAAAUUAUCUCAGAUCCCGGAGACAUACAUAUACAUAAAUAACUCAUAUGUCGAUGUGUGUAUAUAUAUCACAUGAAUAUAUUAGCAUAGCUUUAGUCAUGCAAAUAAUACUCCAUAUGAGAAUAAUGAUGCAUCAUUUAUUUUUGAUGUGCAUUGUUGUGCAGUUUCAUAUGGAAAUACUUUGGAAUAACUCAGGUUUUAGCCAUGAAGUAAUUCUGUUUGUCUGUUCUAUCAAGAUAUUGUAAUCGUCAUCGCUUGGAAUGAAUGUAUUAUCUCUAGAAAUGUAUCUUUCGAUUUGACGAAUUGAGCUUCGUGUUUUGGUAAAAAAAGAAAAAGAAAAAAGAAAAUCCAAAACAAAUUAUAACAUGCUGAUUUUGUGCGUGGGUGUGCGCGUGUGGGUGUGAUUGCCAUGUUUAAAAAAAAAAAAAAAGAAAAGAAAGAAAACAUGCAGUUGUGCAUGUUGUGUGUAUUUUUCUCUUUCUGCUUCUCUGCUAAAGGUGGGGUCAGCGAUUCUGGAGAAAUCCCAUGCCAUGAUAGACAUGAACAACGACGCAGCAAGUUAUGUAAUUAACGUUAGAUUUGUAGUGGGUUAGUGGUCGCUACAGGUAGCCAUGCAGAGAGGACGAGGUGGAUUACCAGUGAGAGCAUCAUCUCGAGUCGGCGAUACAUCUCUCUUGCUGCUAUAGCUCACAGCUCAACAACGGGAUAUCUUGGCAAACUAACAAGUGUCUGUGGGCAAGUCAUUUAAUGUUACCUGACACAUAAAUCUUGGCUUGAAUGGCUGGAAUAGUGUUGCGUGACUCGGCCAGAGCUAUUUUGUCUGUACACAUGACUGGCUCCAUAAAUGGAAAACACAUUUGUACACACACAGAAGAGACAGCUAGUGGACCGCAUGGAGAUAUUUGGUGCAUUUGACAAAAAGACAUGCAUUGGAUUAGAAUCGCAUACCCCACCUUUAAAGCAGUUAAUUGUUUAUCACCUUGAUGCCCAUGUUUUUCCCUCUUUCUGUCACGUACAGUACACACAAAGACAUUUUAGUAUAUUUCAUGAUGUCAAGAGGGAUGUAAUAGCCAUCCAAGAGCUCCUACCCCUAUAGUGAAGGAGUUGCCCUAAUGAUCCCUCCUGCUCCUUCAGGCCACGUAGUCAGCCCCUGUCAACAGCAGCAGCUGCUCUCACCGACACCCCGAAACCAAACACUCUUAAUGGCAGCCAAACGAGCUUCCGUCACCUCUCACUUCAUUGGGCAGUGAUCCAGUCUGAGGACCAGAGUUCUCUGAAUUAAACAGAUCUGCCAGGAGUUUAAGCUGUUAACAACCGUCUGCUGCCCCCUGCCAGGUGUCGGCUGGUUUAAAGGCUAGAAAGAUGCGUUGAGUGUGUGUUUGUGACCUGAUCUGUCUCAAAGAGAUUAUGGAUGGUUAAAUUUGGAAAGCAGCGGCCGAGCCUACUGCUGGACAGCCAUAUGAAACACACACAAAACAAAAACACAAAGGGCUGGGAUGGAAAGAAAUAAAGGACCGGUGUGUAAGAUUUAAGUGGAUCUAUAGGAAAGAAUAUUCAAGAGUAUGUUUUUAUGAGUAUCUAAUCACCUGAAAAUAGGCCUUCGUAUCUACAGAGAGUGCAGGGCCACUAUGUUGAAUCGCCAUGUUUCUACAGUAGCCCAGAUUCGACAAACCAAACGCUGCCUCUACAGAGGGCCAUUCACAUUUCAUAGUUUCUGUAUUUUCUGCUUCAUGCUUGGAGAGGAUAAUGCGAGCAGUAUUCAUUCAGUUGCAAUAUGCAACUUCACCACUAGAUGCCACUAAAUCCGACACACUCGACCUUUAAGAAAUCGAUAAAUCAGGACAAAAUUGAAAAGGGGCGCUCCACAGAUUUUACAAAUGAAGGUCAGUUUACUCAUCGUGAAGAGUAGUCUUCAGCCUGCGAAACACAGUCGUAUGAUGUCGUCGGUGGUCAGAGAUUUGGAGAAAGUAACCCUGGUGGCAUUAUCAGGGUUAUCUGAGCUUCAGCUUGAGACUUAAUACUUAUAACAGAAAGCCAGAAUUACAAACUGCGGUGUGGAGUUUGUAAGGUCUGGUAGUUUACCAGACAGGGAAGUAUUACAGGAAAGUUUCAGGGUUUUUCGGAUAGAAUAAAAGACAGGAUAUCUUAGCAUCUGCUGCUUCGGUUUCAGCCAUUAUUUAUUCCAACUUUAUGGCAAUGCAAUACUAAAAUCACUUAAUAUUCUAUUAACAAUAAAUAUAUUUUUAUUUUGCAUUUAGCAAAACUAUUAUCAGACUUGCCUUAUGUAACAACAUCCAAUCUUCAACUAAACUCAACUGUCAAAGUGCUGCUACCCCAGUUUUUAUGUUGUCCGUACUUUUCAGCUCUUCGAAAAGAAAAUACAUUCAAAGAAGCAUCGCUAAGUCACGCCACGACUCACUGCUCAGCCAAUCACAGCCCCUGAAUGUCAGCAAAACAUUACUGUACAGCAGGGGUGCCCAGACUUUAUCUCCCUGGAGGGCCAAAACUGAAACUUAAUGGUUGGCUACGGGCCAAAUGCAAACCUCUACCAUAUUGAUUAGAUGCUAAAUGGUUCCAGCAAGUUGAUUGACUUCCUGCGCAAAGUGCCCGUCGUGCUCAGAUUAUGAAAAACAAUUCAUAAUUAGGGAUCCUACAUAUUUAAAGAACAUUUGAACCUCACGGUGGGCCAACUCUGGCUGCAGCCCUGCAGUAGAACAACAAGUGUGAUUUUAAAAACCAGGUUUUCAGUGCUCAUAAAGGUGAUGGAAGCAUGCAAGGGUCAAUUUUAGUGAUUCAGUAGAUUUCAGUGGUCUCAUCCCUGCAUAACACACACACACACAUACACA